AUGGCGACUGCAGAGCGCCGCAAGAGCUUCUCGCUCUUCUUCGGCUUCAGCAAGGAAGAGCCCAAGACUGAUCCUAUGACUGACAGCCUCCCGAAGGUCCGUCGGAAGCUGCAAAAGGUCACAAAGCAGGCUGACAGCACGGAUAUGAGCACCUCGUCCACAAACACAACUAGCACAGCGGUUCCGGCACCGGACGUUGGCGGCGUCCAGACUGUCAAGCUGCCCGGCGACGAAUAUUUUCUUGCCACAAAAUACAACGCUUCACGACCACCUUCCAGCCGUGAUGGCUGCAGUAAACUCGCGCCACGUCCCUCCAAGGAGGAGGAGCAGGCUCGUCGCGAGAGCAGGACACGAUCCUUCUUCAGGUCAUCCAGUACCAGCCGCGUUCCCAGCUCCUCUCGGUCCACAAGCUGCACUCGCACCGCUACUUUCACCACUACCAGCAGCACUUCCUCUGCUAUUAGACCAAGCGCAACAUGGGGUGAAGGCACAAAUCCUACAGUGGCCACGGCCGCCAUUGACUCUCAGUCCGGGUCUGCCGUCGAGUCUCAGGCACUCGGCGAUGUCCAAGACGCUGCCCGAGCGCAGGUGAAGGCAGCACAGGCCGCGGUUCAUGCUCGUGCUAUCCAGAUGAUGGAGGAGCACGAGCGCCUCAGCGCGCAAGAGCGGGCCCUGCAGAACCGUAUUAAGAGCACACCGCCGUCUGCAUCACGCACCAAGCACAUAUCAAUGUUGCCUCCGGCCUUGGCCGCCCAACGGGACGGAACCGCAGAGAAGCCGACGGCACGGUCAUAUCCUAUGUUCCACCGCCCUUACAGCAAAUCCCAGCCGCAAAAUAUUAUUUCAUCCAAGGAGUCCGAUGCGUGGCGGAUUUCCUCUGCGACUGCCAACCGGCCACCAUACACAUCUCGCAAGUCGAUGCAUUCGGCCGUACCAGCGCCCAUUGCCAUUCCGAGAAAGACAAACCGCACUUCUCCCCGAUCCCCGAUCCCUUCUUCAGCCAUGUCAGACUCCUCGUCGGCGUCCAUGUUGUCGCCCACCUCAGUCGGAUUCGACCAGUCCUCUGCCUCUCUCGCCGUCACUGCCGCCACUUCUUUCGACCAAACCCACAGCAACCUUCCCACCUCCGGCAACGGUUCCGCUUCAUCCUGUGCCCUAUCGUCUCCCAGCGACUCUGUGAGCAGCUCGGCCCCGUAUCCCCUUGGCCAUAGACGGAACCGCAGCAAGUUUGACUUUGAUCACGAGUGCAGUGACAGUGGCAGCGGCAGCGACAGUCGACGUGCUGUGCCCGAGCUGUCGUACUUGUCCGGUAGCAGUAGCCGGGGCUCAAAGUCCACACCCGACUCGCCCUCUUUGAUCUCGUCGGCCGAUGAGUCGUCUGUUCCCGGUUCCAAGCAGCGCCGCAAGAUCAAAACACCCGUCUAUGCCGUUGGCCAGCUGGAGAGCGGUGCAUGCGCUGAUGAAGCUACCGGCGUGGCCACAGCCAUCGCCACUGAAGACGUUACGCGGCAGGUCGAGCUUAGCCUGCUGCAGUCCAAGUCGAGCAUCGAGUGUAUUGCCGAGGAAUACCGUGCGCUGCUGGCAUCACGCAACUCCCAGUCCACGGCAGAUGACAAGUCAGAGCUCAACGUCGACGCCAUGCAGCGGCCAGUCUCUGGUGGCCGACGCAAUCAUAAUCGCAACAGCAAUAACCGCAACAGCACUAGCAAUUUCCGAAGUAGCGUUGGCCGCAACAUUCCAAUGCAUACCGCCUCCAUGGGCACUCAGCGAAAGUUCAUGCUGGCGCCUCCGGCUAUCACGAGCACUUACAAGGCCGAGGCCCGUGACAGCUCCGCGCUGAUACCGACAGCCAACUUCCAAGAGUUGCCGUCACGCGCCGCCAUCAACUCCCCGACACCACCGCAGCCCCUACCUCCCCUUCGCACACGCAGCCGUAUGACGGGGCUUAAUCACAUGCACAACGACAACGUUAGCAACGCCAAAUAUGUCUGCAGCGACAACAUCAGCAACAGCAACAUCUACAACAAAAAGAAGACGCCGACACCUCCGACGCAACCCGACCGCACCGACAACCUUGGUCUGCAGCUUUGCGUCGACCUGCUCACUCGUGAACUGUCGUCAGCUGUCAUGCGCCGGUCGUCACCAGCUGCGGCCACAUCCGCGUCGCAGCGCGCUGCCACUCGUCGCCAUCUUCAGCAGAACAAUAGCCAAGAUGUCAUCGGCCUCCAGUCCUCAACCGUGACCUCGCCCUAUUCGCCCCUUGCCCUGACACCGAUGCCUGUCGACAGUACCAGCUCUGCCCUGCAGAUCCUUGUCAUGAUCGAAGCGUACGAGCGACUGCGCGACCAGCUUCGCGCCGAAGCCCAGAAAACGGCCAAAGUCAGCAAAGACAACAAGGACAGCAAGCGGGGUGCGACCAGUGGUGGUGAGACCAGCACUAACGAGUUGGAGGCCAUGUUCAGCCUGUGGAUCAAGGCUUUGUACCGCAUUCACGACUCGCUGACGAGCGACGAGAAGACGGGAGAAGACUAUGAGGAAGACGACAAUGACGAACUCAACAACACGAGUGACAGCGACUACGCCUCCGCUGCGGCUGGCACUUAG